UUUUAUUGUAAUUACGUUUUCCUCGUUUUGCUUACUUUUGGUUCUCUGUUGUGUUCCCAAUCCGGUAGUUGUUUAGUUUAUGAUUCUUUGCUGUGAAGGCUGUAGUUAUGGGGAAAGCGGAAUUUCUUACUCCUAAAGCUAUAGCAAACCGGAUAAAAUCCAAAGGUCUGCAGAAGUUGAGGUGGUACUGUCAGAUGUGUCAGAAGCAGUGUCGGGAUGAGAAUGGAUUCAAAUGUCACUGUUUAUCAGAAUCCCACCAAAGACAACUACUACUUGCUUCUGAGGAUCCUCAGCAGUUCAUGGACUAUUUUUCAAUAGAAUUUCGAAAUGACUUUUUAGAGUUACUGAGGAGGAGAUUUGGUACCAAGAGAGUCCACAAUAAUAUUAUAUACAACGAGUACAUCAGUAACCGAGAACAUGUUCACAUGAAUGCAACACAGUGGGAGACCCUCACAGAUUUCACCAAAUGGUUAGGCAGAGAAGGUUACUGCAAAGUAGAUGAAACUCCAAAGGGUUGGUAUAUGCAGUAUAUUGACAGGGAUCCUGAGACCAUACGCCGAAUGGAAGAGCAGGAAAAGAGGAAAAAACAGGACCUUGAUGAUGAAGAAAGAAGUGCCAAGUUCAUUGAGGAUCAAGUUCGAAGGGGCAAGGCGGGAAAAGAGGAGGAGGCUCCCGUUUAUACAGAAUUAAAAAGGGAAAAUGAAGAAGAGAAAGUGGUAUUUAACUUAAACAAGGGAUCAAGCUCUUCAGCAACUUCCUCUUCAAAAUCAAGCGUCCUUGGUCCUAGUGCUUUGAAGUUGCCAAGUGGUGUUCCAGCUGGAAAACGGAAAGAAGCUCAACAUGCAUCUGCAGAAUCCAGAGAUAAAAAGAAAAAAUCAGCUCUACAAGAAAUCAUUGCGUUGGAAGAAGAGAAGAAAAAAGCAUCUCGUACAGACUACUGGCUACAGCCUGAAAUAGUUGUGAAAAUCAUAACAAAGAAACUUGGAGAAAAGUACUACAAGAAAAAAGCUGUGGUCAAUGAAGUCGUUGACAAGUAUACAGCAGUUGUGCGUGUGAUUGGUUCUGGAGACAAACUGAAACUUGACCAAACACAUCUCGAAACAGUUAUUCCUGCACCAGGCAAGAGAGUGCUGAUUUUAAAUGGGGGCUAUAGAGGAAACACCGCCAUCCUAGACUCGAUAAAUGAGAAGAAAUUUUGUGCCACAGUUAUAAUCGACUCUGGGCUUUCAAAAAGUCACAAACUAGAAGGUGUACAGUAUGAAGAUAUUUCCAAGUUGGCCUGAAGUUUGAGCAACAGUUUUAAAUAACAUUGAACAUCCCCCUGAAGAUGUAAAUAACAUUGAGCAUCAUGUUGAUGUCUAAUUGGUUAAUAACAGAGCUCUACUGUGUCAGAGGUUUUGUUUCUCUUUUGUUUUAAUAAAUACAUGGUGUUCUAGAAA